CGGAUAUAAGAAUAUUUCAGCAACUACUUUCUUAAAGUUUGCCUACGUCUGGAAGUCAUCUCGUCAUGCAGAAACGCAGCACUAUGGCAAAACAAAACAGCGAAGCCGCGCAAUGGUUGGCACAGUUUCAUGCCCAACUGGCCGAAUCCGAGGCAACGGAGAGCGUCAAGCACGAGCAUUCCGCAAGUCAACCACACAGACCGAGCCCACAAGACGCCUGCGCAAGUCGUCUGCCCUGCAGCGAUCCGGAGUUCAGACUCAAACAAACGGACGCGUCCAGUCUCGAUAGCUAUCGUCGGCCAUGACCAGACCAAGGUUACCGCACAGCAAACGAUUCGGACCCUACGGUUGAGCAUGACUGGCCGCGGUGGCAUCCAUAGGCCGUGAGAAUGGACGCAGGACGCAGCCAUCAGCGAUUCCCUCAAUGAGCCGAACGAUUUCGACAGCACUAUCGAUUCGCUCCCGGGACACAAGUGGAAGGUGACUGCAGUGGCUUGUUCGAUAUGAAGGAAGCCAAGUCUAUCCGGAGCAUGAACUUAAGUGGACUGUUGGCUGGUGGG